AUGAAUUUUGAAGACGAAUGGCAAGAAACUGAAGCGGUAACAGUCACUGCUGCACCACAGCAAGUUCAUACUUUCCAAUCUCGUGAAUACCGUCCAAGUCGAGGCAGAGGUGGCGGUAGCAGGGGUGGUGGCAGCAGAGAUGGCGGCGGCAGAGGACGUUACGACGGUAAUUGGCGCGACCGUGGCAAUAACGACGAUGUGGGAACAAGUCAACGACGUAAUUAUCAACAAAACGACGGUAACAAAAAAGAUAUAACAGUACCCUCUCAAAGUGUAGGUCGUAUCAUCGGGAAAGGGGGAUCCAAAAUCCGUGAAUUGGAACAAGAUUCAGGUGCCAGAAUAAAAAUUGGUGACUCUGACGGCAAUUGCUCUACAGUCACUUUAAUAGGUUCUGAAGAUGCCGUAUCCAAAGUUGAGGGCUUGAUUAAUGAAUUGCUUGAAGAUACAAGACCUGCACGUCCAAAAGAAGAACUCAAUAGUAGUUCUGGGUCUGGUGACUUUACAAAGAAAAAUGAAUCUGGUGUUGAGAUUAUUGAUUGGGAUAAACUUAAUGCAUUUUAUGACCAAGAACAGCAAAAUCGAUGGAAAAAUUUACCACCAAUUAUAAAGGAUUUCUAUAAAGAAGACCCUGUAAUCGCUUCCAUGCCACCAUCUGAAGUGACACGUUGGCGCCGUGCUAACCAUGACAUACAAGUCAAGAGAACAUUUGAUGACAAGCCAGGUCUGCGACCUAUCCCAAAUCCAGUAUUAACUUUUGAACAAGCAUUUCAACACUACCCUGAAAUUUUGGAUGAAAUUUAUAAACAAGACUUCAAACAACCUUCUCCCAUUCAAAGCCAAGCAUGGCCAAUCCUUUUGAGAGGUGAUGACUUGAUUGGCAUAGCACAAACAGGGACAGGUAAGACUUUGGCAUUCUUGUUACCAGCUCUCAUACAUAUAGAUGGACAAACUACUCCGAGGGAACAGCGAGAAGGGCCGACUGUGUUAAUCAUGGCACCAACCAGAGAGCUUGCUUUACAAAUAGAUAAAGAAGUUUCAAAGUAUCAAUAUCGUGGCAUCAAAUCAGUUUGUCUGUAUGGUGGUGGGGACCGCCGUGAACAGAUCAAAGUUGUAUCCAAGGGUGUAGAUAUUGUGAUUGCAACACCAGGAAGACUAAAUGACUUAGUCAUGGCUCGUCAUUUAAAUAUAAUAAACUUUUCAUACAUUGUUCUUGAUGAAGCUGACAGAAUGCUAGAUAUGGGAUUCGAACCACAGAUUAGGAAGUCCCUCUUUGACGUUCGGCCUGACAGACAGACUGUUAUGACCUCUGCAACUUGGCCACCUGGUGUGAGAAGACUAGCAGAGUCCUACAUGAAAGAUCCCAUUCAAGUCAACGUUGGAUCACUGGACCUUGCUGCUGUGCACACAGUCACACAGAGACUUCUCUUUGUAGAAGAAGAUGAUAAAGAAAAAGCUCUGUUUGACUUCUUAAUGAAUAUGGAUCCAAAUGACAAAGUGAUUGUAUUUUGUGGAAAAAAAGCAACUGCUACACAUAUCACUACAGAACUUUGUAUUAAAGGAAUAGAAUGUCAAUCUUUGCAUGGUGAUAGAGAUCAAAGUGACCGUGAAGCUGCUUUAGAAGAAAUGGUGGAUGGUACUGUGAACAUUUUGGUAGCAACAGAUGUAGCCUCCCGAGGCAUAGACAUAAAGGAUCUCACUCAUGUCGUAAAUCUUGAUUUCCCUCGUCAUAUUGAGGAGUAUGUGCACAGAGUUGGUAGGACUGGCCGUGCAGGUAGGACAGGGGUCUCCCUGACUUUUGUAACUAGGAAUGACUGGGCACAAGCUGGAGAACUGAUUAAAAUAUUGGAGGAGGCGAAUCAAGAAGUCCCAGAAGAACUAGAGCUAAUGGCUAAGCGAUUUGAAGGUAUGAAAUUAAGGAGGGAGCAAGAAGGCGGGGGACGCGGUGGGAGGGGCGGCCGAGGGGGACGCGGGGGACGGGGAGGUGGCGGCAGAAGGGAUCGUUGGUAG